AUGUUGAUUUGGCGACCAAUAUUUUCGGUAAACGGACGAUAUGGAGGAGCAUCCCAUGAUUCCCAUGCCUGGGCUCUUAGUGCGGAAAGAGCUUACCUCAAACGUUGCUUUGAAAAUGGAGUUAAGUCGUCCUGGAUCUUAGGAGACUCAGGAUAUCCGUUAGAGCCUUGGAUUAUGACACCAUACGGAACGGCAACUGAAGGAUCUAUGGAAUCAAAAUUCAACGAAAAAUUCUCAGUUUCAAGAUCAAUAAUUGAGCGCGUUUUCGGUGUCCUAAAGGCAAGAUUCCGAUGUCUUUUUGCGGCCAGAGAACUUCAUUAUCCACCCGAUAAGGUUACUCAAAUUAUGAACAUGUGUUGUGCUCUCCACAAUCUCUGUUUAAAGUUCAGAGUUGAACAGCCUAAUUCAACAAAAGCAUUAUUAGAAGAAUACGAGAACCAUUUUUCUUUGGAAGAACAGCCUUUAGAAACAAAUGAACAUUCUAAUUUGGCUAAAAGAAUAAGAAAUAAAAUAAGAGAUGACUUAACGAAUUCAGCUAUCGAGUUACAGAGUUGCGAUUUUGCGAAUUCGAGCAUUUUCAUUGUAGAAUCGAGUUACAUAGUAUAG